CUUGUUUCAAGACAACAUCGAUCACGGAUUGUCACAACGAAAAUAGCGAAGGGUCAUCAGCCACUUGAAGUACUUACCUCAGUCCUGAGCUCAAGAGGUUCACAAUCGCCGUAUAGCUCUGCCGAGUAUUUAGCCGGCACGGUAAUCACCGUGCGUGUGUAUUGGUUGGAGCAAGCACUGUGAGUUGGGUGAGAUCUGCAACGAUGCUUUACUCGUAUCUAUUCACGACGUUGGCGUUGGUGGUGAUGCUGGAGCGCGUGGCCGCUGUGCCCUCUGUGGACUGCAAGUCACAACCGCAAGCCGGCUAUGACUUCUGCAACACCGAACUGACUCCUGAAAAGAGGGCCACCGACUUGGUUGGACGGCUGACACUGGAUGAGCUGAUUCAGCAGACUUGGACGAUUGCACCAGCUAUAGACCGUCUAGGCAUCAAGGACUACAACUGGAGGUCGAAUUGUCUGCAUGGCUGGGCAGCUUCAGGUGGACACUGGGAAGAGGACCAGAAAUGGACUGUGUUCCCUACGCCGAUCGCCCUGGCUGCUACGUUUGACUUGGACCUGGUGGAGAAGGUGGCAGCGGUCACGUCCGACGAAGGCCGUGCACUGCAUAACAUGAACCUGGAGCGGAAUAACGGCUCGAGUGUGGAAGCCGCUGGUCUGAACUGCUUUUCGCCCAACGUCAACCUCUACCGAGACCCACGCUGGGGCCGUGGAAUGGAAACAUUCGGCGAGGAUCCCUACCUUGUGGCCCAGGUUGGUUUAUACUACACACUGGGACUGCAGCAGGAGGCUGCCAACCCUCACUAUUUGAAGGUCGUUGCCUGUCCAAAGCACUACGUCGUGCACAGCGGCCCGGAUCAAGAUCGUGCACAUUUCACUGCCAACACUACUCUGCAUGAUUUCUAUGAUACGUACGCUGUCUCCUUCAAGACGCAGAUUAUGGCUGGUCAUGCGGGUCAGGUCAUGCCGGCAUACAGCGGUGUGUACACGAAGGGUUCGGAAGACGGUGCACCCGACUGUGCGAACAAGUUCAUUCUGAAGAAGGUGCUGCGCGAAGAGUUCGGUGGACACAAUGUCUCUGUCUGCUCUGACAACGGUGGUGUUGCAAUGGUGUACGCAACUCAUCAUUAUGUUCAGACUGCUGAGGAAGCAGCGGCCGUCAGCAUGAACGCUACUACUGAUCUUGACCUGGGACAUGAUGCAAUCUAUAGCAAGAACCUUGGCAAAGCAGUCACGGACGGCUUGGUUGCCAAAUCCACCAUAGAGGACUCCGUCUGGCGCAAUAUGUACUGGAGAAUGCGCCUCGGUGACUUUGAUCCAGAGUCGAUGGUCCCAUAUCAGCAAAUUGACAAGACCCACCUCAAUACCAAUGCAUCACAGAAGCUGAACAUUAAGGCUGCUCGUGAGUCCAUUGUCUUGCUCAAGAAUGAUGCUAAGUUGCUCCCACUGAGCACCACUGCACAUCGCUUUGCUGUGAUUGGCCCCAACAUAGAUGCUGCUAAAACCCAAAUGGGCAACUACGAGGGAAAUGCAGAGGACCAAGUGUCCAUUCUGGAUGGUAUCAAGAACUUCCUCGAGGCUGAUGAAUCCCAUGCUGAAGUGGCUGACGUUGCAGGCUGUAAAGAUACAUCAUGCACAGACGAGAGCCAGUUCAAAGAAGCAGUGUCUGCUGUGUUGCAAUCUGACGUUGUGAUCAUGGUACUGGGACUGUCUGGUCACCAAGAGGGAGAAGGUCAUGACCGUUCUAAGAUCAACUGUGGCUCAACGGACAUUGACGUUCUGGACCUUCCAGGUUGCCAGCUCACUCUGCUUGAAUUCGUUAUUAAAACUGCCAAGCCUGUCAUUCUGGUUCUUAUGAAUGGUGGGCCACUCAGUAUCCCCUGGGCUAAAGAUCAUGUGCAUGCCAUCAUGGAAGUCUGGUAUCCCGGUGCCCUCGGUGGAACGGCAGUUGCUGAAGCUAUAUUCGGCAAAUUCAGUCCCAGCGGGCGUAUGCCAGUCAUGACCGUGACAUCGUCAGCUGAGCUGCCCAACGCAACAGACUACAGCAUGACUGCAGCACCGGGCCGCACUUACAAGUAUUACACUGGAGAGCCACUGUUCCCGUUCGGCUUUGGCUUGACCUACAGUACGAUUAACUACACCACCAUUGUCGUCUCACCGACGUCGGUCGCUGCUUGCAAACCGGUGGAAGUCACGGUUGGAAUUAUGAACAGUGGACACCGCAAUGUCACUGAGGUUAUUCAAGUGUAUGUUGCACCACCUCGAGGCUUGUCCAAAGCGUUCCAGCCUCCUCUCUGGUCUCUGCGUGGCUUCAAGCGUGUACCUGUGGCUCCAGGAGCAAAGGCUACUGCGACUUUCUCAUUGUCAGCUCUCGACCUGUCGGUGGUGGAUGAGAAUGGAAUAGAUACCGUGUACCCAGGGGUGUAUGUGAUCUAUGGCAGUCCUCAUGCCCCUACACCUGCUACCAAGGCGGACAUGCAGCAGAUGACCCUCACCAUCACGGGUACAGCUCCUACACCCGUGUCGCAAUGCUCCGGCGCUCCCAGAUGCAUCGGCUGUAAGGCCACCUUCUAAUGGCUUGCCUCGGCGUAGUGCUUUCAGAGGCACGUUGCUCGGGCAGGCAGAUCUGAUGAUCGGCUCUCCCUGGAUUUUAGUGUGUAGUUGCGUGAUUUUUAUUAAAUUUGUACUUUGACAAGUAGAAAAAUAUAUGCCAGCAUCACAUCUUUGGUGACUUCUGCUCUGACUUUGCCAACAUGCCUGUGGUGCCUUGGCAGAUUCUACUUUCUAGUCUUUGGUUAUGUCCUUGUCAGUGUCUUGAUUGUGAGCAGGAUCUUUUCGUAUAUGAGCUGACUGCUGGACAGUUAUCAGCCAGUCUAAUCGUAUUGCCCUAUCCAUUUUCAUGCAUUGCCACCCUAGUUCCUUCCCCUUGCUGCCAGAUUGGUCAGUUUACGAAAUAUUUCCUUUAUAAAGA